AUUAGGUCUCGCCCAGCUCCGCCCUUCCCAGCCCCUCCCCGGCCUCCCAAGAUGGCUACGGUGCUGCCGGGCCUGGAGCCGUGGAACCGCGUGAGAAUCCCGAGGGCGGGGAGCCGCACCGCAGUAACCGUGCAGGACCCCGACUCGGCUCUGGACCUUUGUGUUGCAGCUGUAAUUAGAGAAUGCUGUCUUGUUACACUGUCACUGAAGAGCCAGACCUUAGAUGCAGAAACAGAUGUGCUAUGCGCAGUCCUUUACAGCAAUCACAACAGAAUGGGCCGCCACAAGCCCCACUUGGCCCUCAAACAGGUUGAACAAUGUUUAAAACGUUUGAAAAACAUGGAUUUGGAGGGUUCAAUUCAACAUCUGUCUGAGUUGUUUUCUUCCAAUGAAAACCAGCCUGUAACUACCAAAGCAUGUGUCAUUCCCAGCCAACCGGUGGUUGAGCUGGUGCUCAUGAAGAUUUUGGGAGCCUGCAAGUUGUUACUUCGCUUCUUGGACUGUUGCUGCAAGACAUUUCUCUUGACUGUGAAACACCUUGGCUUGCAAGAAUUCAUUAUUUUAAACCUUGUGAUGGUCGGGCUGGUGAGCAGGUUAUGGGUUCUCUAUAAAGGUGUUUUGAAAAGGCUGACUUCUUUAUAUGAGCCAUUGUUCACAUUGCUUCAAGAGGUCUCUAGGAUUCAACCACUGCCUUACUUCAAAGAUUUUACUUUUCCUUCUGAUAUUGCUGAAUUUUUAGGACAGCCCUAUUUUGAGGUUUUUAAGAAAAAAGUCCCUACAGCUUUUGCAGCUAAAGGAGUAACUAAAUUGUUAAAUAAACUCUUUUUAACAAAAGAGCAAUCACCGAGGUCUAGCGAAGAAACUGUACUCAGAAUUUCCAAAAAAGCUAAACAAAUGAGGAUCAAUACACAGAAUAAUGUGGAUCUUGGACAGCCAAUAAAGAAUAAGAGAAUCUUCAAAGAAAAGUCAUCAGAAUUUGAUGUGAGAGCUUUCUGCAAACAGCUGAAACACAAAGCUAUUCAGGAGACCAACUUUAAAUGUUCUCAGUCCAAACUAAAGGCAACCAAACGUUCUUCUCAGAAAGCAACAGGAACUCCCUGUGCCAAAAGUUUUGUGCAAAGAUUUCGAGAGGCUGAGAGUUUCAUUCAACUUUCUGAAGAAAUCCAAACAGCAAUUUUGUGGUGCAGGAGCAAAAAACUCAAGGCUCAGGCCUCCUUUCUGGGUAACAAACUUCUUAAAAGUAACCGGCUUAAACAUGUGGAAGCUCAAGGCUACAGUUUGCUAAAGAAACUAGAAUGCAUAAAAACAUCUAUUUGCAACUGCCUUCUUCGUGGCUCAGGAAUCAAAACUUCAAAGCAUCAUGUGAGCCGAAGAAGAUCUCAGAAUAGAUUUUUACUGGAACAGAGGAAACUACAGAGAAAGUUGCAGUUGACUCUCUCAGAGGCAAUUCAGCCAUCCCCUCAAGGGACUCAGAAUGCUACAGAUAGUAGUAAAUGGAGACUCUCGCACUGUACAGUUCAUAAAACUGAUCUCUACCCUAACAGUAAUCAACUCUUGAGUAGCAGAGUUUCAAAUCCUGUCAUAAAAACUAAAGAGAAACAAAUUCAUGAAAACCUUAUAGGAAGCAAUGAAAAUGAAACUGAUUCAUGGACAGUGAUGCAAAUGAACAAACAUAAUACAUCAGGAACCAUUAAGGAGACAGAUGACAUUGAUGAUAUUUUUGCUCUAAUGGGAGUUUAGAUGUUCAUUUGUGAGACAUUUAAGUGCUUAACAAACUGGUCCAGUGUCCUGCUGUUUUACAUGGAACUGCUGAAAAAAAAUUUGGAAAGACUUGGAAGUACGACUUGGACUCAGAGAUGAGCUACCUUAGUGUAACAUUGUACGGCAGUUCAUUUCAGUUCAAUAAACAUUUAUA